AUGAAUAACAACAAGCGCUCCGCUGUAUCGACUGUACCAAAGGCCAAUCCCCUGAGAGUUGGCUUUAUUGGGCUAUCGGCGGUGAAAGGCUGGGCAAUAAAAUCACAUUAUCCUGCCAUACUCCAACUCCCUUCGCAAUUCAAGAUUACUGCAUUGCUAAAUUCAGAUCUAGAGUCUUCAUUAAACACCAUAAAGAAACUCAAAUUGACGCAUGCCAAAGCGUUUGCUGAUGUGACUUCGUUUGCAUCGUUCACAGACGUAGACAUGAUUGUGGUAUCUGUCAAAGUUCCCAAUCACCAUGGUAUUUUAACAAAACUACUGGAGCAUUCAGUCAAAAAUCCGAACCUCAAAUAUCUCUUUGUAGAGUGGAGUUUGGGCAGCAAUUUACGGGAGGCGGAGGACAUCUACAAGGCAGCUCAAAAGCGUGGAAUACAGACAAUCAUUUCUCUACAAGGUCGCAAGUCUCCUUAUAUCGUGCGAGCAAAGGAACUUAUCUCUGAAGGAUGCAUAGGUGAAAUAAACAGCAUCGAAAUCGCAGCCAAUGGCGGAUGGUAUGGCUAUGAGAGACCUCUGAAAUCACCAUCCUAUCUCUAUGAUAUAGAGAGCGGCGUCAACCUUAUUUCCCAUUCAUUUGGUCAUACUAUUGACCUUCUACAAUAUAUAACCAGCUCGUAUUUCUCAGAGAUCAACUCCAUGAUGUUCAACAACAUACCUUACCAAGAAUUGCUUGAUGAGCACGGCAAAAGAACAGGGAAAAAGGUACCAAAAACUGCUCCAGAUCAUUUGCUUUUCCAAGCUGCACUAGCAAAUGGUAAUGUACCUGUAUCCUGCAGCUUCAAAGGCGGUACCCCAGUUAAAAAAUUUACUAAAAAUCUGGUCAUCGAUAUCCAUGGUACAAAAGGAGAUUUAAAACUCGAAGGCGAUGCUGGCUUUGCAGAAAUUUCAAAUCUUGUACUUUAUUUCUGUGGCAUGAAAGCAGCUGACCCCGGAGGGCCCAGUUCUACUAGUAAAGCCGACGAAGCGAACGAAACUAUGGAGGUAUACCAUCUAAGAAAUUACAAUUCAGUAGUUGGAAAUAUACUGCGAAUUUAUGAAGCAAUAGCUGAUUUCCAUUUCAAAUCGAAUCCAAGGCAUAAUCUACCAGCAAAGCUGGAGCGACAAGGCUUUUUGUUUGAAGGGUUUCCUACCUUCAAAGAUGCAUUGAUACUCCAUCGAUUGAUUGAUAAAGUCUUUCAAAGUAGUGAGGAAAAGAAGACCUUAACGGUUCCCAUAGUAAGCUAG